AUGAGACUCCCUUUAUAAGAGACGGCUCAGUUCAUGUCAAGACCUGGUUGAUCACUCGUCAUCAUGGAUCUGAACAUUAACUGCUGUUGGAAAUGGCUCCUUCUGUUCUCUCUCCUUCUUGUCUGUGUCAAUGGACAAACGUCAGGGCCAUCUUUCACGGUGACAUUUCCUGCAGUGAUCGAGUCGGGAUCUGAGGCCAAACUUUGUGCAAGUCUUCUCAAGCCCAAUGAAAGCCUUGUCAUGAACAUUUAUGUGGUUCAUGGUGACCAGAGCACUUUAAUGCUGCAGGAGAAAGCUGAGGAAGAGUUUCACCGCUGCUUUAACUUCAAGGCUCCUCUGGUAGAAGCAGAAUCAGUGCAGAGAAUGAAGGUAGAACUUCAAGGAGAGUCUUUCAAGAUGACUGAAGAGAGAAAAGUCAUGUUCAGAUCUUACCAUCCUCUGACCUUUAUCCAGACUGAUAAACCCAUUUAUAUUCCAGGACAGACAGUGAAUUUUAGAGUUGUUACCCUGGAUAAAAACUUUUCGCCGCUUGAUCAGCAGUAUAGUACAGUGGUACUUGAGGACAGUAAAGGUAACAGAAUUGGUCAAUGGACAAAUGUUUCUUCAACAAGCUGGAUUUUGGAGCGUUCUUAUGAAUUAAACCCGGAAAGCCAUCAAGGUGUGUACAGACUGAAGGCUUAUAUUGGUGACCGGAUGAUCUCACAUGAUUUUGAGGUGAAAAAAUAUGUUUUGCCUAAGUUUGAAGUUACUGUUACAGCACCAGAGACAGUGAGCAUAGAUGAUGAGUUAAUGGCAGUUGAGGUUUGUGGAAAAUACACGUACGGGCAGUCUGUAUCUGGUAAAUCAUGGGUGAAAGUGUGUCGUGAUAUUCCACGCUACACUUACAGGCGUGACGAACACAGUCCAAUAUGUGUGAAUGAAACCACUGAGAUGAAAAAGACAGGCUGUGCCAUCCAUACCUUAGAUAUAUCUACCUUUUUAAACUCAACAUACAAUGAUCGACUAGAAAAUUCUCUUCAUGUUGAAGCAACAGUCACAGAAGAAGGAACAGAGAUCACCAUGACAAAAUCUGAAACUAUAUCUCUCACUUAUGAAAUUGGCAAAUGCACACUUACUGACCUGCCCAAAACAUAUGAACAUGGAUCAGUUAUAGAAGGAAAAAUCAAACUCUCAAAUUUCAAAGGCGCACCAAUACAAAACAAAGUGGUUUAUCUUUUGGAGGGUGAAACCUGGUCCUCAAAACUGCUCCUAAAUCUCACUACAGACAGUGAUGGACUGGCCAGCUUCUCUCUUAAUAUGUCUAGUCUUCCUGAAAAAGAUAUUAAUCUGAUGGCAAGUGUGUAUCCAGCAUUUCAUUAUCAUGGUUACAAAACACCUUUCUUCUCUACGGAUAGUAAAACAGUUCAGCUUUUCCGGGCUGCCACUCCAUACACCCCAACAUUAAGUGAACUGAUUAUAGAAAAUAUUGAGCAACCAUUACAGUGUGAUGCUGAGUUUACAGUGACCAUCAAGUAUUAUUUUGUUGGAGAGACUGUUGAAGGCUUCAAAACUGACAUUGUCUAUAUGGUCGUGUCCAGAGGAGUGAUCGUUCAUCAUGGAUAUGAGAAGGUUGAAGUGAAGUCUUCUAAUGGAGCAGCAAGUGGCACAGUGUCGUUCAAACUGUCUGUUGGUGCAGAUCUGGCUCCUGCAGUGCAGAUUCUGACCUACUGUGUUCUGCCCAGUGAAAAUGUUGUUGCUCGUAGCACAACAUUUGACAUUGAAAAGUGUUUCAAAAACAAGGUGUCUCUGCAGUUUUCUCCUGCUAAAGCAGUUCCUGGUGAGAAAAACACUCUCCAGCUCUCAGCUCAGCCUGGUUCACUGUGCGGCCUCAGUGCUGUAGAUAAGAGUGUCCUGAUCCUGAAGCCAGGAGAACGUCUGGAUACUGACAAGAUCUUCAACCUGCUGCCAGUGCAAUCAGUGUCAAAUUAUCCUUACAGCGUUGAAGAUGAGCAGGCGUGUCUGCAUGUGAGACCCCGUCGAGCUGUACUGACAGACAACGCCUAUGAAUCCUUAAAGAGUGUGGGGCUGAAAAUGGCUACAAAUUUGGCUGUGCGAGUCCCUAAGUGUCUGUCAUACAAGGGCUUGACUUAUCACAGAUAUGAAGUUGAAGGGAUGCUUAAUUAUUACAGUCGAACUGGUAUAGCGCAUGAUUUGAAUGAAGGAGACUCAUCUGUUGAAGUGACAGUUCGUACUGUCUUUCCUGAAACAUGGAUUUGGCAACUUGCUGCAGUUGGGGACUCUGGAUCAGCUCAGGUUCCUGUCACAGUUCCUGACACCAUCACCUCUUGGGACACGGAGGCCUUCUGUCUGUCCUCCAAAGGUCUUGGUCUGGCUCCUCCUGCUCAGCUGACAGUUUUCCAGCCCUUCUUCCUGGAGCUCUCUCUGCCUUACUCCAUCAUCCGUGGGGAGAUAUUUGAGCUGAAGGCCACUGUCUUCAACUAUCUGUCCAAGUGCAUCAUGGUUAAAGUGACUCCAGCUCCUUCCUCAGACUACACUCUCAAAGCCUCCUCUGAUGAUCAGUAUUCAUCCUGUCUAUGUGCUAAUGGAAGAAAAACCUUUUAAUGGAUCCUC